CACCAUUCCCCUCCCCCGCCCAUACCUGGGGCCUCUGACACCCAAGGCCUAGAAACUCAGGCACUCGGCUCAGCUCUGACCCGCCGUACAGCAUGGCAGCCCCUAAGGGCGUGGCCCACGGCACUGCUAGCCGUACAACAUGGCCGCCUACAGAGGGCGAACCGCUCCCCCUCACGCCCAAUCACCGGAAGUUUCCAUUUGAAAGCCGGGCGGCAGACCCGGUAGCUGGUGCGGCAGUUGCCGAGGAGCCUGCUUUGAACCAGGGCAACGAGGGCUGCGGGCAGGAGCUGCAGGAGCCUGGGGCCCAGCCGUGCCGCCUCGUUACGAUGACCAGCGUGGUUAAGACGGUAUACACUUUGCAACCCCCAGCUGUGCAGAGCAGCGGCGUGCCGGCAGGCUUUUGGCAGGUAAAAGCUGCAGACACUGCCAUGAGGAGGAACAUCAGAAAGAGCUGCAAACCGCCGGGUAAGCAGAAACCAGAGGAAGAGCUCAAGGAUAAGAACCAGCUCUUAGAGGCCAUCAACAAGCAGCUGCACCAGAAGUUGACUGAAACUCAGGGAGAACUGAAGGACCUGACCCAAAAGGUGGAGCUGCUGGAGAAGUUUCAGGACAACUGCUUGGCAAUUUUGGAGAGCAAGGGCCUCAACCCAGUUUUAGGCUGUGAGACCCUGGCAUCACAGCGGGAAUCCGCCGCAGAUCACACGGACUCUAUGUUGCUGUUAGAAACUUUGCAAGAUGAGCUGAAGUUUUUUAACGAAACGGCCAAAAAGCAGAUGGAAGAGUUGCAGGCCUUAAAAGUCAAGUUGAAGAUGAAAGAAGAAGAGAGGGCCCGGUUCCUAGAACAGCAGACAUUAUGUAACAAUCAAGUAAAUGAUUUUACAGCAGCCCUGGAGGAAAUGGAGCAGCUAUUAGAAAUGUGA